AUGGAGUUACUCGCGAGAACUUCAAAAGAUUUCUGGAAGGUCUUCAAUCCAGACAUUAUUAUUGCUAGUUCAAAAGCUACAGCCCCGUCUACUACCACUACUUCUGUUCCUACUGUCCAAUCGAAAGCGUCAAAAUGGUCUAUUGAUCCAUCCACGAUAGAAAAAUACAAUUGGUUGGUACAUGUAAUGUAUGCUCGCGGAGAAUUUGAGCCGUGUAAACAAUUUAUUCGUAAUCAACAAACAAAAACUUAUAAUUUAUGUGAAUACAUGACCUAUGUUCAAGCACUCAUCUAUCGACAAGAAGGAAGCAUUAAUGAAGCUUUAGAUCUAUUUCAAACUUGUGUACUCAUGAGUCCAACUGUCAGCAAUAUUAAACAAGUAGGAAAAUCAUUAGCAUUACUUGGCCGUUAUCGUGCCGCCAUCGAUGCGUAUAAAGAAGCAGCAACGCGAUCAAAUGAGCAAGAUUGGGAAGUAUUACAUAAUUUGGGGCUGUGUCACAUGAACAUGCAGGAAUAUCUUGCAGCUAAACAAAUCCUUCAACAAGCCAUUAACGUGUCAGAUCAAGAAUCAUCUUAUUUGGCUUUAGGCAAAAUAUAUCAAUUGGAGGGUGACAAGGAUGAGGCUGAAAAGAUUUAUGAAAAAGGAGCAAAAAAGAAUCUCGAGUCUCCACACCUAUCCACAAGAUUAGGACUUAUGGCAUUUGAAAAUAAGAAUUAUCAGAAAGCAUUUGAAUGUUUUGGCAAUGCUCUCACAUUUAGCCCCACAUAUAUUCCAGCCAUUAUGGCUGCAUGUCAAGUCAUCCAGAAACAUGGUGAUUGUGAUGUUGCUUUAUCCAAAUACCGUAUUAUUUAUGCCAAAAAACCGGAAAGUCCACAACUGUGGAAUAAUGUUGGAAUGUGUUUUUUUUCGAAGAAAAAAUAUGUGGCUGCUGUUAGUUGUUUGAAACGUGCAAAUUAUUUGGCACCAUUUGAACUUUAUGUAUUAUACAAUUUAGCUCUCGUACACAUUCAUUUGCAACAAUAUGCAUCUUCAAGCAUAUUUUUACAAUCGGCACUAAGAAUUGAUAAAAAACAUGCACAAU